AUGCCGAUACAAUUGGCUGUGGGCGGAGCAGGUGAUGAGAACCUCGCCGACGAAGCUGAUUAUGAACGAGUGAUCAAUGCAUACCGGCAGGCGGACAGGGACGAAAACAUCCCGUCCCGGAAAAUCCUCGAUGUCAGAGAGACUCCAGCUCUCUGCAUCUUUGACACCAGCUGGCUCUCCCCUGACCACGUGCGCUUCAAGGAGGCCGAGCGGGUCAUGCAGUGCCCGAACAACACGGUCUCGCUAGCUUGCUACAACAUGUCGAUCAUGCUAAGAUCGGAACUCUUCAUUAACCGUGCGGGAGGGUCGCGUACGGGUGCCGAGGCAUGGUGCUACGCAAGGCCGCCUCCCGCCUUUAUUCGAAGCGCUUGGAAGCUUCGAUGGGGUGCAGCGGGCGACACAAUCGCCCGGGCCGAGAUUCGGGCUCUGGAACGUGUCGCUGCGCUUGGUCUCGAAUGGCCUUUUGCGACGCUUACGAUUAACAAUGCCCACAAAGCAAUACUGGCUCAGGCCACGGGUGACGACCCUUUCAAGAAUCUAGUCAAGAAGGUGACUUCAAACAGUACGAAGCCGUGGUACAGUUGGAGCUCCACAUAA